AUGCUCUCUUCUUUGCUCUGGAUCCCCCCUGCAGCUCUGCUACUCACUAUUCGCAGCGUUGCUGCUGCUCUUGUCAAUGCGACGAUUGACGAUCACAUAUAUUCAAGUAUUUCGUAUGUUCCAAGCAACCAGUGGAGUCAUCAACCGCUCCAGGGUUGGGAGCACUUCUUUUACAAUCGAACUCGUAGCUACACGUAUACUAGAGGCGCUACUGCGACGUUUGUCUUCACCGGUUCCGCGAUAUGGGCACAAGGGCCCUACGCCGACGACCAAGCGCGCAGGCGCAUUUCCCUUGAUGGUGUUGAUCAAGGUGCAUACGAUGCUCUCGCACCACAAUGGAGUCCCUCGAGACCCUUUUGGAGCAAAACUGGUCUUCCCCCCACCACCCACACGGUUGUAAUCACUCAUGACGACCCGGGCUCAAAUGCCAUUAUGGCACUGGAUGCAUUUAUAGUCGAGUAUGACAAUGCCGAGGAUCCAUUCCUAUAUACCAGAACCACCGUCGCAUCUUACACUCCUGAGGCUUCUGUAGCCACCAAUUCUGCAGGUCAAGUCGUCUCAACCAUCGUUAAUGGCGGAGGAUCGAACCAAGGGGGGAAUAUCAACGGGAAUUCUGUCAAUGAUGGGCAGACGAGCUCUCGCAAGCCAAACACUGCGAUUAUAAUCGGUGUCGUUAUCUCAUUGGUCUUUGUUUUGACGUUCUGCUGCAUCGGGUUCUGCCUGUACCGCAGACGACGAGUAAAAGGGCGUGCGCAACAUCGGGGAUCCAUUUACAAGAAAGGACCACGCCGAAUCGAAAGACCACCCGCUGGAGACGGUGCAGCAUCAUCUCCUUCGCCGGUGGGCCUAGAGGGGAACCACGAUAGCAUGCGAGAACUCGGCCGAGGAGCGGCCACUAUGCCUGCGGAGGGACAGAAUCCAGGCUAUUUCCAUGGGAAGAAUCAAUCUGAUCUUGGAAUUCCACUCUACUAUCGGCAAUCGGCAAGCGUACCUUCGCCUACAGGAGAUUCCCGCCUCUCGUACCAGUCGCAGACCCUUCAAGGCUUGGCUAUAGAUAAUGGCUCAACGCUACGCACAGCUAGUGGAAAGAUGGAAGAUUCGGCGGUUUCCGUCUCCGCUGCUCUCGUCAAUGCGACGAUUGAUGACCAGACAUAUUCAAUCAUUACAUACUCCCCAAGCCGACAGUGGAAUCAUCAACCACUACAGGGAUGGGAAAACGACUUUUACAACCAUUCUCGUAGCUUUACUUACUCUAGAGGCGCCACCGCGACGUUUGUCUUUACUGGUUCCGCUAUAUGGGCCCAAGGACCCUUUGCCCCCGACCAAGCCCAGCGGCGCAUUUCCCUCGACGGCGUCGACCAAGGUGUCUACAACGCCCUCGCACCAGAAAGGAGUCCCUCGAGACCAUUUUGGAACAGAACCGGUCUCGUCUAUACGACCCACACGCUCGUAAUCACUCACGACGACCCGGGUGCAAACGCCAUCUUGGCAUUGGAUGCGUUCAUUGUCCAGUACGACGAUGCACAGGAUCCGUUCCCGUAUACUACCACCACCGUCACAUCGUAUGCUCCAGAGGUUACCGUGACCACCAAUUCUGCAGGUCAAGUCGUCUCAACUAUUAUUAACGGCGGAGGACCAAAUCAGGGAGGGACUAUCAAUGGAAACCCCGUUAAUGACGGGCUCACGAGUCCGCGCAAGCCAUACAGUGCGGUGAUCAUUGGCAUCGUCGUCCCAGUCGUCUUUCUCUUGGUGCUUUGCUGCGUCGGGCUCUGUCUGUACCGCAAACGAAGAGCACGCACGCGGGAGCGACGUCGCCAAUCGUUUCGCGAGAAAAUGUUUCGCCGAAUCGGGAGACAAUCCAUCGGACGCGAUGCAACACCUCUUUCGCCGGCAGCUUCAGGUUCAGGGUCAAGGGGGAUGCGCGAGCGGCGCAUGUCGGGCUUCACGUACGCGUCUACGCAUUACUCGACGGCAGAGGAGUACCAUGCGCCUUCUCCACCGCCCUCGGGAAGUGGAGGCCAUUUUACACCGACGUCACCGACCCCGUUUGCCGUCUCGUUUGGACGGGAGAGUCAAGACUCUGUUAGAGCAGGCACAAAUGGUAUGCCUUAUCGAAGUGAAACCGUUCCCGCUCCGAACGACGAGCGUCAGGGCACGGCGCAACAAGCUCCGAUUGCUUUCCCACCUAACAGCACACCAAGAGAUCCGCCGGUAAACGAAACUGGUGGGAAUACUCGAUCUGCGGAGAGAGAGAGACUUGUUUCCACAUACGAUCCGACGUUCAGCCCUCCGGCAGAGUGGGAUUCGACACCUACAGCAGCUCGCCUUGGUACUGCGCCUGCCAAUGCUGCAAGGAGUGGAGCUCGGCAGACAGAUCCUCACACGCCCACAAGAGAGAACCAUGCGGGUGUUGAUAGGCGAAACUCGACGUCGACGGCAACCACCCCUUCGGCAUAUGUCACGGCAGCGAGCCACCAACGUCGACCAUCAACAGUCUUUUCAGAUUCCGAAUCGAGUGCUUCUCACCAGAACCCACAACGCCGACCAUUGUCGCCACUCUCGCGCACACGUCAGCGGGGCUUCUCCGCCACUGGCACUCCCGCAUCCUCGUCGCGGCCCGGCUCGAUGCUUCGACGAUUCUCACAAGCACUGGGAAUCUCUUUCUCACGAUCUGGCUCGCCAGAUGUAGAGGCGAACCGUAAUAACCUCAACAUGCAAGGACUCGGGAGAGGAGCCGGCACUGCGCCAGUCGAGGAACAGGAUCCUGGUUAUUUCCGUGGAAUGAAUCAUUUCAAUCUCGGGAUCCCACUCAACUAUCGGCCCUCAGCGAGCGCAGCUUCACCUACAGACGGCACACGCAUCUCGCGCCAUUCGCAGAAUCUUCGAAGCCUGGCUAUAGACGAAGGCUCGACCGGGCUGAGAUCAAUGUCACGCACAACAAGUGGAAGAAUGGACGAUUUGGCAUUCUCAUCGUACACCCAACCCGUCCGCGAGCGCGUCUUGAGCACCGUCGAAUCGUCUGCACAAGAUCAAGACGCCCACUCCAACCCAGGAAAAACUGAAGAAGACGAAGAGAUGACAGAAAAGGAAAAGAUUAUCGAAGCAUUUGACGGCUCGACGAUCGAAGGCAGUAUGCGCGCAUGGAGCGUCGGGCAUGGCACGAUGGCCAGCCAGGGCACCAUCAACGGCCCACUAGACGGUGCGGAUGUGGAUGGCAAUGAGGCCGCAUCAAGAUUGGGCCGUUCGGGCUCUCAGCCCUCACGGCGGUCACGGCGGUCAAUCAGUCACGAGAGAGAUGACCAUUCGGUACGUUUUGAGUCGAUUUGA